AUGUUUCAUUUAUAUGAACUUUUAAUGUUUUUUUUAAGACAACCAAGAGAUGCGUAUGAAGAGGAAUUUUUAGGUCCAAUAUUUUUGCAAUUUUAUGAUAAAAAUUAUUAUAGAAGAGACCUAAUAAUAAAGAAUAGACGAGGAGAAAAACUCAAGUGUUCUUUCUUUACUCCAUUUAAUUAUAAUGAAAAUACACCUUGUGUUAUAUAUACUCACUCAAGUAGUAGUUGUCAGUUGGAGGUACUGGACAUUUUGCACAUCCUUCUUAUAUGUGAAUGCUCUGUUUUUUCUUAUGACUGUGCAGGAUGUGGUUUAUCUGAUGGGUAUUAUUCAACAAAAGGGUGGAAUGAACCCCAAGAUUUGUUUUUAAUUUUAAAUCACUUAAGGAAUGUAGAAAAAAUCAAAAAUUUUGCUCUUUGGGGAAAAUAUUGUGGUGCUGUAAGUUCAAUUAUUGUAGCAUCUUUGGAUGACAACAUCAAAUUACUAGUAAUACAUUGUACAAGCGAUACGUCCUCUUCUUAUUCUACUGUGUAUACUGGACAAUCUGCACCAAUGAUGCACAUGAGGACGUGUAUUUUGGAUUCGCCAUAUGUGUCUUUAGUAGAAUUAUACAAGACAACAUUCCACUUAAGAGCAAAGAGAAAAAGAGAGAUACUUUUUAAAAACAUCUGUUUAUAUUUUGCAAGGAGAAAAAUAAAAAGAAGUUUUCAGUAUGACAUAAAUAAUGUAUGUCCUGUGUUUUUUAUUGAAGAUAUAACGAUACCAACAAUUUAUAUUUUUUCAAAAAAUGACAAAAUUGUAAAUCCAGCUCAUUCUUUAUAUUUAGCGUACAAACAACAAAAAGCAAAAAAAAUUAUUUAUAUAUCCGAAAAGGCAACACAAUCAUAUGAAUCUUUCUCGUAUGAUAGUAAAUUAAUUUUAGCCAUUCGAUCUGUUUUAUGUUGUUCUCCUUAUGAAACAGACUUAAGCAAAACUUUUGACACAAACACCUAUUUAAAAUUGUUUAAUGAGUUAAGAGAUAUAUAUGCUUACGAGUUUGAAUUUAUUGAUAAUUUGAUAACGAAAAAAAUGAAAAAAAAAAAUAAAAUCAUUAAUAGUGUUAAGAAGUUUGUAUGUUUUAAAUAUCAAUAUAAGUGUUCCCUUAACUCAUCAAACUUUGAAAAUGAAAAAUGUGAAAACUACAAAGAUGGCAAAUUUAAUGAAUCCAGAAUAGCAAAUGAAUGUGAAUAUUUAUUUGCCGAUGUUGACAAUAUAAUGGAAGAUUCUAAUGAUGCCAACUUUUUUAAAAAUCAGGAUAUCAAUAAUUUAAAUAGUUUUAGUCGAACGUUUGACAGAACUGAGCAGGCAAAUGAAAGACCAUUUAAAAUACUUCAUAUGCAAAGUGCAAGAAGUGCUUUGAAAUCGAAAAAAAACACGUAUAAAAAGUCUUUAACAUGGGAUAGUAAGCUACAGAGUUCUAUUACAUAUUUCAAGGAAGACUGUCCUUUUGAACUGUUGAGGAAUGAGUAG